AUGGCACCAGUGGGCCACGCUUUACCUUUUGAUAAGAGCGCUGUCUUUUGGGGAGACAUCGCCUUAGAUGAAGAUGACCUGAAGUUAUUUCACAUCGACACGGCCAGAGAUGGGAUCAGGCCAUCAGAGGAAGGAGCGGAACAAGGACAUGGCACAGGUGGGCUUGAUGAGCAGCUGCUUGCGCGCUGGCCCAAUACCACAGCUGCAAACACCAGCAGAGAAGAAGCUAGAAAAGAUGGCCAGGAGAGGGUUAUGCUUCCACAGAGCUCAGGGACCUCCUAUGCCAGAGUGGACACCUCUUCGCCCCGGGUCCGAAGAGCCACAACCUCGAGGAUUGAGAGGAUAUGGCCUGGAGGCGUGAUCCCCUAUGUCAUCGGCGGGAACUUCACUGGAAGUCAGAGAGCCAUCUUUAAGCAGGCCAUGAGACACUGGGAGAAGCACACCUGUGUGACCUUCAUAGAGAGGACGGAUGAAGAAAGCUUUAUUGUGUUCAGUUACAGAACCUGUGGCUGCUGUUCCUAUGUUGGGCGCCGAGGAGGAGGCCCACAGGCCAUAUCCAUUGGGAAAAACUGUGACAAGUUUGGCAUCGUGGCACAUGAACUAGGCCAUGUGGUUGGGUUCUGGCAUGAACACACCCGGCCAGACCGAGAUCAGCAUGUCACCAUCAUCAGAGAGAACAUCCAGCCAGGUCAGGAGUACAACUUCUUAAAAAUGGAAGCUGCGGAAGUGAGCUCUCUGGGAGAGACGUACGACUUUGACAGCAUCAUGCACUAUGCCCGGAAUACCUUUUCAAGAGGUGUUUUCCUGGACACCAUCCUCCCCCGUCGAGAUGACAACGGUGUUAGGCCCACCAUUGGUCAGCGCGUGCGGCUCAGUCAGGGAGACAUAGCUCAAGCUCGGAAGCUCUACAAAUGCCCAGCAUGCGGGGAGACCCUGCAGGACUCGACAGGAAACUUCUCUGCACCAGGUUUCCCGAAUGGCUAUCCUUCCUACACUCACUGCGUCUGGAGGAUAUCGGUCACUCCAGGGGAAAAGAUCAUCUUGAACUUCACCGCCAUGGACUUGUUUAAAAGCCGCCUGUGCUGGUAUGACUACGUGGAGGUCCGGGAUGGUUACUGGCGAAAAGCCCCUCUGUUGGGUAGGUUUUGUGGCGACCAGGUCCCGGAGCCCCUCGUCUCCUCGGACAGCCGGCUCUGGGUGGAGUUCCGCAGCAGCAGCAGCGUCCUGGGCAAGGGUUUCUUCGCGGUGUACGAAGCUACCUGUGGGGGAGACAUUAACAAAGACGCCGGCCAGAUCCAGUCUCCCAACUACCCAGACGACUACAGGCCUUCCGAGGAAUGUGUCUGGAGAAUUACAGUCUCUGAGGGUUUCCACGUGGGGCUCAGCUUCCAAGCUUUCGAGAUCGAAAGGCACGACAGCUGCGCGUACGACUACCUGGAAAUCCGGGACGGCCCCUCGGAAGACAGUGCCCCCCUCGGCCACUUCUGUGGCUACGAGAAGCCCGAGGACGUGAAGUCCAGCUCCAACAGAAUGUGGCUGAAGUUUGUGUCUGAUGGCUCCAUCAAUAAAGCAGGCUUCGCAGCCAAUUUUUUCAAGGAGGUGGACGAGUGUUCCUGGCUGGACCGUGGCGGGUGUGAGCAGCAGUGCGUGAACACGCUGGGCAGCUACAGGUGUGCGUGUGACCCUGGUUUUGAGCUGGCUGCUGAUAAGAAGACGUGUGAAGUGGCCUGCGGCGGUUUCAUUACCAAGCUGAACGGAACCAUCACCAGCCCCGGGUGGCCGAAGGAGUAUCCUACCAACAAGAACUGCGUGUGGCAGGUGGUGGCCCCAGCUCAGUACCGCAUCGCCCUGCAGUUUGAAGUGUUUGAACUGGAGGGCAAUGACGUGUGCAAGUACGACUUUGUGGAGGUGCGCAGCGGCCUCUCUGCGGACGCCAGGCUCCAGGGCAAGUUCUGCGGCUCGGAAAUCCCCGAGGUCGUCACGUCUCAGGGCAACAACAUGCGUGUGGAGUUCAAGUCCGACAACACGGUCUCCAAACGCGGCUUUCGGGCCCACUUCUUCUCAGACAAGGACGAGUGUGCCAAGGACAACGGCGGGUGCCAGCACGAGUGUGUCAACACGUUUGGGAGCUACCUGUGCCGGUGCAGGAACGGCUUCCGGCUCCACGAGAACGGGCACGACUGCAAAGAGGCUGGCUGUGCACACAAGAUCAGCAGUGCAGAGGGGACCCUGGCAAGCCCUAACUGGCCUGACAAGUACCCCAGCCGGAGGGAGUGUACCUGGAACAUCUCUUCCACUGCAGGUCACAGGGUGAAACUUACGUUCAAUGAGUUUGAGAUUGAGCAGCACCAGGAGUGUGCCUACGACCACGUGGAGCUGUACGAUGGGCCCGACGGCCUGGCCCCUGUCCUGGGCCGCUUCUGCGGCAGCAGGAAGCCCGAGCCCGUGGUGGCGUCGGGCAGCAGCCUGCUGCUCAAGUUCCACUCGGACGCCUCGGUCCAGCGGCGAGGCUUCCAGGCCCAGCACAGCACAGAGUGCGGGGGUCGGCUGAAGGCCGACGUGCAGACCAAAGAGCUCUAUUCCCACGCCCAGUUCGGGGACAACAACUACCCGAGCCAGGCGCGCUGCGACUGGGUGAUCGUGGCGGAGGACGGCUACGGCGUGGAGCUCAUCUUCCGCAUCUUCGAGGUGGAGGAGGAGGCGGACUGCGGCUACGACUACAUGGAGGCCUACGACGGCUACGACAGCACGGCGCCCCGGCUCGGCCGCUUCUGCGGCUCCGGGCCACUGGAAGAAAUCUACUCUGCAGGGGAUUCUCUGAUGAUUCGCUUCCACACGGAUGACACCAUAAACAAGAAAGGCUUUCAUGCCCGAUACACCAGCACCAAGUUUCAGGAUGCCCUGCACAUGAAGAAAUAAUGCCAAUGUCCCUGAGAGACAAGAAACAAGAAUUUUUUAUAGCAAUUGCACCUUGUGAAUUUGCCCUAAAAACAGUGUACAAUAUUUUUUUCUCUCCCCUCCCUUUCCAAAUACCCUCUAAAUCGAGUCUCUGAAGUAUGUAUUUGAUGAAAUUUGGCCAAGGAGGAGAACGGAUGUUUCCUUGAAUCUGGCUGCAGUGUUUUCCAUGGUGGUUUUUCUGAUGACGGUUAGACGUCGUUGAUCAUUCAAAUUCUCCUUGUUGGUCUUUCAAGCUCUCCUUGUUCGGUGCUUCUCUGGGACCUAGCCUGGCCCAUAGUUGGUCAAUCGUCUGUCACCAAGAAAGCCUCAUGGGUACCAGGCAGAGGAUCCCAUCUCGGGGACUAAGAAUGUCUUCUACCUGCUCUGGCAGUGGGAACAGAAGCAUCAUCAUCACUGACUAGUUACAGGCUGACGGCGGACUUCGGUUUUCUCUCUGCCAGGGAAGUGUCAGGCUGGAAACCCAAGAAUGUGGCAUCAGAUCUAAAAAGGCCCCAUAAUGAGCAGUCAUAGAGAGAGUCUGGGAACUGUUAUCAGGGAGUGAGGAGCCCUCAAGCCUUUCUCUGUGUCAUCAGCUUCUGGGCACCUCCACAUGGAUUGGGGGGGCAGAGGCAGCCCCUAUGAAUUCCAACCACAUAAUUAGGGCUGAGAGCCUCCAGUUGGCCACAGAGAAACAACGGUGCUUCCUGCAGAAUCUCCUUCACUAGUUGACUUCGGGAAGCUUCCACCUGUGCUUGGGAUUCCGGGUCCUGAAGAAUAUUUCUUCCCCCAGCUAUGCAGGUGCUGGCUUUGGUGAACUAUGACUCCUUGACAACCGAUAAAACUGUACUUGCAAGAUGAGCAAAGGCAUCUUCUGAGGGGACCAUUUUGGGCUCCUUGUGGGGUAAACACUGUUUGAAAACUAGUUUAGUUACCAAGGUAUGUAAGAGCUGUUACCUGUGGAACAAGUCCAUCUCUGGCUAACUUCUGUCAACCAAUCGGGCUAACGGGUACAUUGCCUGAGCUAGUAUUCAGCUGCCCACUUGUGAUCAGAGUUUGCAGCACUUGGCAUUCGUUCUAGAGAAGUGUAGAGGAAGUUGUUUACAUGAUUUUAGACCCUCUCGUUACCUUUUCAACAGUGAGGUAGCCUUGGAUGGCAUUUCAUUAAGGCAUCUCUGGGCAUUAUGAGCUUAAAGCUGUGGUAUGUUAGCUUUAAAAGAGUAUUUAUGUUGGGAUCAUUUUUAAAAUAAUGUUUACAUAGCCCCGAGUCCUGUCUGGUAGUACUGAACACAGGACCACGCAUGAGAGUGUUUGGCAGUGAGAGCCGAGGUAAUUCCCAAGCACCUUUGGGAUGAGCCAACAUCAUUUGAACAAAGCAUUUAUAAAAGGUUAAUGGUUAUAUUUUCUAAAGAUCAGAGUGUAGCCCUCAGAGUUCUGUGUCUAA